CGUCGCGCCUCAGCCUCGCCGAGCACGCGGCGAACAAACUUAUGUGGAGUUGAACUUACAUUACCUUGACGACAGAACAAAGGCCACACGUGGGACGAAGAAAUUAUGUGAAAAUAUGUACAAAAUGUCUGAAUAGUGAGUUCUCGUUCCUACAUUGGGCAACACAGACUGGUCAACUCAAGAUCAUCCAAAGUUCAACACAGACUGGUCAACAUAAGAUCAUUACAAGGACAACACAGGGUCAUCAAAGGCUGUUCUAAUAUUUGUCUGGUCUGUUUUCUGUAGGAUAAGAUCCUAAUGAACAGAAACAAUAUACAGGCAUCAUGCAGGUUCAUAUCAAGAGAGAGCAAAAUGAUGACAAAUAUUCAGCUAGUGAAGAAGUAUCAUCUGCUACACAAAAUGCUUACAUGUCAUCUCAGGAUAUUGUGGAUCAACAAAAUAGCUGCCCACCAAACCGACCACCCCCACCGUUGAUAGAGGCUUCACAGGUAGCUGCUCUGAACAAUCAGUAUCUCCAGAAUGGCACAGUUGCAAGGCAGAUACCAGACAAUCAAGAACCUCAGCAUGCCAAUAUUGCUGAACCUGUGAAACAGAAAGUGCCAGAAACACAAAUAGAUUACCCAAGUUUUAAAGGCAUGUUUGGAUGGACGACGAUUGAUGGAGUUAAUGUGCCUUAUAUCUUCAGAAAAGAUAGAAAAUUUAUGUCUGUCAGAGUGGUCGAACAGAAGUUGUUGAGUCGCUACCCAAACUCUUAUCCUGAUGAACUGGGUAAACACCAGCCUCUUACCAGCUACUUUAUCACUACGCACGAGGCAAAGCUCCUCAAUGAGAUCAACAUGGAGCAUUGUGGAGGUGAAUUUGGCCAAAAAGAAUUCAACACCAAAGAUUUGAUAGUGUUAUUGGAAGAUUUCAGUGAAUUCCACAAUCUUGUGAAAAAGACAUUCCCAGAACAUAUUGUGAAUGCACCUCCUCAACACCAGAUCAACCAGGCAAUGGUCCAAGAGAGUAAGAAUCAGGGCUGUGGCUGGAUACAAGUCAACAAUACUGUAACCCCUUACAUCAACAAAAACAAUGACAAGUAUGUCCCACUGUCAGUGAUGAGAUACGCAGCCUCACUCAAUGUUCCUGCACAAGGUAUACUUCCAGAGCCAGAGGAAUGCAAUUUAUUGAACAAAGCCUGUAAAGAGGUUGGUUUCAAUUUCUCAUUUUCAAAGACAACCAGGGUGGUGUCACUUAGUGAGGUCAUGAAGCAUUUUCCAAUAACAGUUAUUGACUUACCAUCAGACAAUCCUUUAGAGUAUGCACAAUAUGUGGAUGUGCCUGCCAUGAAUCAACAACCACUACAAUCAAUGGCAGACAUGCAACAACAGAAUGUUAUGAGACCUCCUCUUAACCAUGCUUAUCAAAAUCUACAAUCAGUCAAAGAGGUAGAACAGGCACAGCACAUGCAAGCCCAGAUAGCUCCGGACAGGUUCCCACCUCCCACUAGGGGACCAGGCCCACCUGGAGGGAUUCACCCAGCCUUCAUGGAUCCACAUUACAUGUUUUCAUACAACAGAUUCCCAUACAAUGUGUACAAUGUGCCAAGUGGUCCCCCUAAUGUGACUGUGAAUCCCAUGUCAAAUGGCUUUGGUGGGGGUCAAAUGCCUAUGCCACCUCCACCCUAUCAACAUAACCAACAGAUGAAUGGUCAAGUGAGACCACAGCGGGCUGUAAUGGGUCCCCAGAAAGGACCUUCACCAUCUCGGAGUUCAAGUGGUCCAAUGCCACAGAGACCACCAAGCAUUAGUCGGUCCUCAUCAUCACCAUGGCAAGACCAAGCCAGCAAGCAACAGUCUUCCAUGGGUCGGGGCAAAAUGCCAUACUCUCGCUCUUCCAACAUAUCAAAUCAGCAUUAUAAGUCACAACACCAGCAAGCAAUUUCUGCGCAAACAAUAUCAGCACAGUCAUCAGCAGCUAACCAGUCUAGAGUGUUGCCACCAGGAGCACAUAUGCAAUCAAACUUAUCAAGACAGUCCCAGCACAGUGGUAAAUCCCCAAUAGGUCAAAAUGGCAAUUUGACACAAGGCCAACAUAUCCCUCCUCCACCUCUCAUGUCAGGUCCUCACACUGGACCAAUGGGCAGCAUCACACGUACCUCUCCUCAGGCUCAAUCAUGUCCUCCACUAAUCACCUCUGCCAACAAUGGCCUUCCAAAUAGUAGAUCAAGACAUAGAAGUGGAACAUCACCAAUGAACCAACAAACAGUUCAUGAAAAUGGUACCAAGUCUCCUGCAUCCCAAGCAGCAUCUCCAGUAUCAGGAGUGCAGACUGGGCAGGGAAAGACAAGUGAAAACAGUAGUGGAAAGUCAGAAGUGCCUUCUCUGACAGAAUGUAUCAAAGGAGUGUGGCUAGGUGGCAAAAGCAUAUCAUGUAUGCAUCUGAAUGGACCAAAGCGGACAGGCAAGUUCUGCCUAGUGGAAGCUGUGUGCAAACUUUACUUCAAUGGUUGUAGUGUCAAUGAGUUUCUUUUUGCAUUGGAAAAUGUGUUAAAUGUUCCCCUUGUGACUUGUACAGAUGAAGAGGAAAAGGCAUUUAUUCAUUACUAUAGUUUACCUGUUACUGUGUUAAAAUGUAACAAAAUGAUUGAUUUUGAUGAUUUAGAAAAAUUCUUCCCACAACUGACAUAUGUAUUUAGGGGUAAGAUAGGAUCAACAGAACCACACAAGACUUUGUCACAAAAUGGUGGUGCUCAAACUCCGUCACCAGAAAAAACAGGCAAUGGUGCUACGACUGCUACACAUUUUGGAAAUCAAAAUGGUGACCAAAAAACUUCUAUUCAGCAGAGGAAGAGGGCCAACUCCAGUAUGCUUCCGAACCAAUCCAAACUAUCCUGUCGACGUCUUGAUGAAGCAGUACGGAAACUCCAUAGUCAGAAGAUUAAUGAUAGUGGUGAAGCAGUCGAGGCUGGUGACCGUGAGACAAGUGGAGGAGCAGUCAUUGUACUGGACUAGGUGUUAAAGUCCAAGGCCUCAUUAUAGCUACCUGUCAGCAGCGACUUUUCGUUAUCAAUGAUAAGAGCUGCAACUUAGUUUGAACAGCGUUUAAUUCAACAUCUCAUGAUGCCAUAAUUACAUUGUCCAUUGAUUAUUUAUUUUCUUAUGUAAGUAAUUGAGCUGCUGAAUGCUUUUUCUUAAAAUAUAACCAAUAACUCUUUAUAAUUAUACAAGCUAGAGUUAAACUAGAUAACAGGAAAAUCUAAUUUCUUAAUAAGGUCAUAUAUAUUGAAUACCAAUGUCUGACAUUAUAUGUAAGUUAUCUUUCUGGACAACAUCAGCUUUUGUAGCCUUAAGGUUCACUGACCCUGAUUUUGUUCUAUUAAUAAUACUAUUGUCCUCUACAACUGAUAUGAACAACCCUAGUGAAUGAACAGGUUGUCCUUAUAAGGAUAUACCUGAAAGUUAAAUGUUCAG